AUGCCUUAUUCAAAAGAUGUUACGCAUAAACCCAUUGUUAUUAUUUUUAUCAUAUUUUUAUUUUUUACGCAAUUUGUUAUAAUUAUAUGCAAUAAAAAUAAUAUAUUGAGGGAUACACAUUUUCUGAAGUAUAAAAAAGCAUUGCAUCUGCAACCAAAAGAUAAAAGGAAAACAACAACACACUUUAAUUUUAUAUACCCAUAUAAUAAACUGCACAUAAGAAGCAAUGAAAAAGAACAUAAAUUAAAUGAUGAUCUUAAAAAUAUAAUCUUAUUAUUUGGAAGGAUAGCUGAACCAUACUAUCCUCAUACAAUAGAGCAGUUUAAUAAUUUUAAAGAGCCAUACAGCAAAUAUAUAUAUACGGAUAAUAUAUAUAAUUCAACAAAAUGGGCAAAUGUUUUUAAGGAUAAUGAAAAGGUUAAUAAAAAACAGUUUUAUCAAAAAAUAUGUCAACUUAAAUUUAAAUGGCCAAUUAAUGAAGAUGGAAAUAUCACAGAGCAUGAUUUUUACAACUUAGUAAUAGAAAGAUGUUUAAAUAAUAUUAACAUAAUACGGAACAAUAUACACAACUUAAAAACACUUUUUAUACAAAUUUUACAAAAAAAACAAAUACAUAAUGAAACUAAUCCAUAUAAUAAUGAAAAAGAUACAUUUAUCGAAAAAGAAGAAAUUUCACGUGCUCAAGAUUUAUACAAAAAAUGGGAAAAGGAAUUGUUUACAAGUUCUGCAACAAAUGAAGAGGAUAUCUCAUCAUCAGAAAAAAAUAUGCAAAUGCAAAAUGAUAUGAAAAUGAAAAUGAUGGAAGAAUUAUAUAAGUUUAAUUUAAGUGACAUGUUUAAACAGCAUAACAGAUCCUACACUAGAUUACUAGUUAAUGAAUUAUUUACUAGAGAAUAUCCAUCAAAAAGAAUAACAGAUAUGUUUUUAUAUUUAAUUUUUCAAAAAGAUAUAGAAAGAUUUUCUUAUGAUGAAUUUAUAAUGCAUCUAAAUAUAUUAGGAAAGAAAAUACUACUAUAUAAUUGCAACCAUGAUUCAAAUAUAUAUUUUGAUAAUUUUUUUUUCUUAAUGAAAAAUGAAAUUAAAAAAAAGCCAAAUCAUAUUAAAAAAAAAACACAGAUUCCUUUUUCAGAUUCUAAAAUUAUGAAGACAAAAAAGGACUAUACUAUUAAUAAAAACUCAUAUUGUGAUAACAAAAAUCCAAUUAAAAUUAUAAAAAAUAAAUCAAAUCAUAAUAUUAUAUCACAAACAGGAAUGAAAAAAAAAAUAAAACCACACCAAAAUCCAAUUAAAAUAAACCCCAAUACCACAAAUCAGAUAUUGGGAAAAGAUAAAAUGCAAACCUGUGAAAAUUGUGGUAAAAUAAAAAAUAUAAGUAAUCAAUCAAGUUUUUUAUUAUCAACAAAUUUAGACAAUCAAAUAGACAUUGAUCACAAUGAAAAAACAAAGAAAAACAUUCAGAGAAACACACAAAUCGGAAAAAAUUGUUUAAAGAGUAAACUAAUUUUUAUAGUUAAUUAUAUUUUAAACACGAUCAAAAAUAUUUUUUAA